AAUAGAUGCGUUGUUGAGCGCCGGUGGUAGAAAAGUGAAAGAGAUGGGAAAGCGAGACAAGAAACAGAGACACCAGCCAAGAAGAGCUGCCUUUCACUACACUGAAGAAGACGAAGAAGGUGUUGGUGAUGGUCAUUACGAAGGUCACUCCGCUUCGAAGCACACACUUUCUGGAGAAGAAGAAGAAGAAGAAGAAGAAGAAGAAGAGGUGGUUGAUGGAAAAGAGGAAGCUGAUGAGUACCCAUCAAAUGAUUUGCCUUCAAAAUUUCUUCUUUAUCAACAAUCUGUACAGUCACCAAAGGGAGACAUAAGCUAUCUGCAGAAGUUCUUUUUGAUGUAUGUGGGUGGGAGGUUACCUCUCCAUCUCCAAGAAGAUUUCUGUGGCACAGCCCUUCUUAGUGCAGAAUGGCUCCGGACUGAUACAAGAAGGACUGCUGUAGGGUUGGAUUUGGAUGUUGAAGCACUAAAUUGGUGCAUGGAGAACAACAUAAAUAAAGUUGGGGCUGAUGGAUAUUCCAGAAUGUCCCUCUUUCAUGGGAAUGUCUUGCAACCUCUUGAGGCCAAACUAGUUAAAUUCGAGCCCCAGGAACUGAUAAGAAAGGUGUCACUCACUGAGAACAAAGAUAAUUUGGAGAGUGAUGAAGUGGAAUCUACUCUUGCUGAGGGCUCUUCUUCCUCAAAUGAUGAGAAAUAUUUGAGGAACCAUCUGUUGCCUGCUAGAGAUAUUGUGUGUGCUUUCAACUACAGCUGUUGUUGUCUCCAUCAACGUUCCGAACUGGUUCUGUAUUUCAAGCAUGCUCUUGAUGCCUUGUCGAAGAAAGGUGGAAUAUUUGUAAUGGAUUUAUAUGGUGGUACAUCCUCAGAGUGCAAGCUAAGGCUUCAGAGGAGAUUUUCCAAUUUUACGUAUGUUUGGGAGCAAGCUGAGUUUGAUAUCAUUGAGCGCAAGACAAGGAUUAGCCUUCAUUUCCAUCUCCAAAAGCAGCAGAAGAAAAUUCGACAUGCAUUUUCAUACAGUUGGAGGCUGUGGUCACUGCCUGAGAUUAAAGACUGCUUAGAAGAGGCAGGAUUUCAGUCUGUUCAUUUUUGGCUGCGGAAGAUGCAAGACAGCAGAGAUAUCAGAAAAACAGAGGGUUUUGGUGUCGGGCGUGACAUAAAGUAUGAAGAGAUUAAACAUUUUCAGCAACAAGACUCUUGGAAUGCAUACAUCGUAGGUGUUGCAUAGCUCCAUGCAUCAAGUAAUCUCUGAGUUGAGGUUGCAUUCAAUUGCUCUGACCAAAAGUACCUUAGUUUUCCAAUAAGUAGGUGCUGAAGAGCUGCUUUCGAAAGCUAGGAACGUUUAUGUACUUCAAAAGUUAGCUUGCAGUCUUCACUGUGAAUUUUGGUACUUGUUACUGUUUCACUUAAUCUCACAGUUAAUGUUCUGAAA